UCCAUUGCAGAGAUGAGAGGCCCUGGUCAUGCCCAGCAACUAUACCUGCACCCAGUGACCAGGCAUCUUUCAGUAUCUGUUUCCCUCUUUCAGUCCAGUCCCUGCCAUCUGACCAUGAGGAUUUGGUGGCUCCUGCUGGCUAUAGGCACAUGUGCAAGGAGUGUGUAUUCCCAAGACACCUGCCGGCAAGGACACUCUGGCAUCCCUGGGAACCCAGGUCACAAUGGCCUACCAGGAAGAGAUGGACGAGAUGGUGCCAAGGGUGACAAAGGAGACACAGGAGAACCAGGACAUCCCGGUGGCCCAGGGAAGGAUGGAAUUCGUGGGGAGAAAGGAGAACCAGGAGCAGAUGGAAGGGUUGAAGCAAAAGGCAUCAAAGGUGAUCCGGGCUCCAGAGGACCCCCAGGGAAGCAUGGUCCAAAGGGAUCCAUUGGUCCUACAGGAGAGCAAGGGCUGCCAGGAGAGACUGGCCCUCAGGGGCAGAAGGGAGAUAAAGGCGAUGUGGGCCCCACUGGUCCAGAAGGACUGAUGGGCAAUACUGGACCUUUGGGUCCCAAGGGCUUACCUGGCCCAGUGGGACCCAUUGGCAAACCAGGUCCUAAGGGAGAAGCUGGACCCAUGGGCCCCCAGGGGGAGCCAGGAGUCAGAGGAAUAAGAGGCUGGAAAGGCGAUCGAGGAGAGAAAGGGAAAGUGGGCGAGGCUCCCAUCUUGCCCAAGAGUGCUUUCACGGUGGGGCUCACGGUGAUCAGCAAGUUCCCUCCUCCUGAUGCACCCAUUAAAUUCGAUAAGAUCCUGUACAAUGAGCUGAACCAUUACAACGUAGCGACGGGGAAAUUCACCUGCCAUGUGGCGGGUGUCUACUACUUCACCUUCCACAUUACUGUUUUUUCCAGGAAUGUGCAGGUCUCUUUGGUCAAAAAUGGGGUAAAAGUCCUGCAUACCAAGGAUGGUUACAUGAGCUCUGAGGACCAGGCCUCUGGUGGCAUUGUGCUGGAGCUGAAGCUCGGGGAUGAGGUGUGGAUGCAGGUGACAGGGGGAGAGAGGUUUAAUGGCUUGUUUGCAGAUGAGGAUGACGAUACCACAUUCACUGGCUUCCUUCUCUUCAGUAGCUUGUGACACAAAGGACUCCGCCCUGGGGCCUCACAGAAGGCUCUGCUGGUGGACUCGGUGCCGGCAGAACUAGCUCAGGGA